AUGGCCAAGGGAUCAGACCCAGCCAACGUGGAUUUUGGAGUGGCCAUGUCCUGCUUAACUAAUGUGAUACCCUUUUGUGACCAAGUGACCCAUCUAGUGGAUGACGGGAAUGCUCUGGAUGUUGUCUACCUGGACUUCAGCAAAGCCUUUGACAUCACCUCCCAAAGCAUAUACCUGCUGUCAGCUUAUGGCUUGCUGGGCAUUGGUGGAGAAGAACCCACAGGUGCUGUACUAGGAGAACUUCAUGGUGUCCUGUACCAGCUGAUUCUCUUUAUUUUCAUGACAGGUGGUAGAGGUAGGCAGAUACCUCAGUCUGGAACUCCUGAGUCUAGAGAAAGGGGAAUACUCACAGACGGUGCAGGUCCAAAGGUGACUUACGUGCCCCCUCCUCCACCUGAUGAUGAGCAAGCCAUAUUUGCACGUUAUCAGACAGGAAUGAAUUUUGACAAGUAUGAUGAAAACAUUGUUCAGGUGUCAGGACUGGACCCUCCAGCAGCAUUAAUGAGUUUUGCAGACACCAACAUGUGUGAUACUUUAACUAUGAACAUUUCUAAAGCUGGAUACUGUAAGCCUACUCCAGUGCAGAAGUACAGCAUUCCUAUUAUACUGGCAGGACGGGAUUUAAUGGCAUGUGCCCAGACAGGAUCAGGAAAAACUGCAGCGUUUCUUGUACCAGUUGUGGCCCAAAUGAUGAGGGAUGGCGUAACUGCCAGUGCAUUUAAAGAGCAGCAAGAACCAGAAUGUAUUAUUACUGCCCCAACUAGAGAACUGAUAAAUCAGAUUUUCCUAGAAGCAAGAAAAUUUGUGUAUGGAACUUGUAUAAGGCCUGUUGUAAUCUAUGGAGGUACACAAACAGACUAUUCGAUUCGUCAGGUAAAGCAAGGCUGUAAUAUACUGUGUGCCACUCCAGGAAGGCUUCUAGACAUCAUUGGAAGAGGAAAGAUUGGUUUGCAUAAUGUGAAAUAUUUGGUGCUAGAUGAAGCAGACCGCAUGCUUGAUAUGGGUUUUGGUGCAGAUAUGAAGAAAUUGGUAUCUUUCCCGGGCAUGCCACAAAAAGAGAAACGCCAAACGCUAAUGUUUAGUGCCACUUUUCCUGAAGAAGUUCAGAGGCUAGCUUGUGAAUUUUUAAAACCUGAUUUUUUAUUUGUUGUUGUCGGACAUGCGGGUGGAGCAUGCAGUGAUGUUCAGCAAAAUAUUCUUCAAGUUUCUCAGUAUUUCAAGAGGGAUAAACUGAUAGAAAUUCUACACAGCACAGGUAAUGAACGAACCCUGGUCUUUGUGGACACAAAGAAAAAAGCAGACUUCAUUGCAUGCUUUCUUUGUCAAGAAAACAUACCAGCCACUAGUAUCCAUGGAGAUAGAGAACAAAGAGAGAGAGAAAUAGCACUUCGGGAUUUUCGUUCUGGAAAAUGUCCAGUUCUUGUGGCAACCUCAGUGGCAGCAAGAGGUCUGGACAUUGAAAACGUUCAGCACGUUAUUAAUUUUGAUCUUCCUUCCACCAUUGAAGAGUAUGUACAUCGAAUUGGGCGAACUGGUCGUUGUGGAAAUAUAGGAAAAGCUGUUGGCUUCUUUGAUAACAAUUCAGAUGGUCAUCUUGCACAACCUUUAAUUAAAGUGCUUUCAGAUGCUCAGCAGAAAGUUCCUGUUUGGCUGAUGGAAGUUGCUUUUGAGACUGAAGGAGGACGGCUCCCAGUUAAUACCCAACAAAAGAAAUACGGAGGCAACAUGAAUAGAAGAAAAGUAGAGCUGGACUGUUCAGCAAGAGAAAUUGAAUCAUGGGAUUAA